CCGCCCGCCCCUUCCUCUUCCUCGCCCACCUACCCUCCUCCCUUCCCCGGGGGGAGCAGAAGGUGGGGGGCUCGAAGCCGCCGAGGGCGAGCGCUUGGGGUCGAGGAGCCCGGCGCUGGGGUGUGUGUCAGGUUCAGCUUCGCGGCCCCGCCGGCUCCGUGUCGCCGUAGCUCGCGCGGCCCCGGGGCGCCGGCCCGAGCGGGGAGAGGGGCUUGGCGCUCCUGCGAGGGUCUCACGUUCCAUCCGGGCCCGGCGCGGGGCGGCGCGGCAUUCCUUCCGGGCUGCUGGGGAGGCGCCUCGACGUUCCAUCUGGAGAGCCUCGACGUUCCGCCCGAGCCCGGUGCGGGCGGCCGGGGCGCUGGCCCGGCCCUAGGACUGAGAGGCCGCCCGGCGACGCGGAUGCGGAUCCUGCUCGCCCAAGAUCAAAGCCACCGGUGCUCUCUUUGUGUCCGCUCGGGAUUCGCCGCCCAGGGGCUGUCCAUGGAAACCUAAACUGCUGGAACCCGAGGCAGAGAACCUUUCUUUGGCUUCUUGCUUUUUUUGGGCGGGGGAGGGUGGCCACUCCGACCUGGAUUUACCGUUCUUGGCCCCCCUAAGCCCCCCCGUGCGGGGGGCGGCUGUGAUCGCUCUGGCGGUUGGAGGUCGGGGAGCGGCCCGGGCUCUGGCCAUGUUCUCGGAUGAGGAUUUCUGGAUCGCCCUGUGAAGAGGUCUCCCCGAGAGGGCCCUGCCCAGUCGGAGAGAGGGAUGGACAGCCCGAAGCCGCCUGGUGAGGAUAAAGAUUCAGAACCAGCAGCUGAUGGACCUGCAGCCUCCGAGGAGUCAGGUGCCACUGAGCCAGACCUUCCCAAACCACAUGUGGGGGAGGGCUCUGUGCCCAGUUCUGGGGGUCCCAGGCUUCAGGAGCCUCCCCAGGACUGCAGUGGGGGUCCAAUGCGGCGUUGUGCUCUCUGUAACUGCGGGGAGCCCAGUCUACAUGGGCAGCGGGAGCUACGGCGCUUUGAGUUGCCAUUUGACUGGCCCCGGUGUCCAGUGGUAUCCCCUGGGGGGAACCCAGGGCCCAGUGAGGCAGCGCUGCCCAGUGAGGACCUAUCACAGAUUGGUUUCCCUGAGGGCCUGACACCUGCCCACCUAGGAGAACCUGGAGGGUCCUGCUGGGCUCACCAUUGGUGUGCUGCGUGGUCGGCAGGCGUGUGGGGGCAGGAGGGCCCAGAACUAUGUGGUGUGGACAAGGCCAUCUUCUCAGGGAUCUCACAGCGCUGUUCCCACUGCACCAGACUCGGUGCCUCCAUCCCUUGCCGCUCACCUGGAUGUCCACGUCUUUACCACUUCCCUUGUGCAACUGCCAGCGGUUCCUUCUUAUCCAUGAAAACACUGCAGCUGCUAUGCCCGGAGCACAGUGAGGGGGCCACACAUCUGGAGGAGGCUCGCUGUGCAGUAUGUGAGGGGCCAGGGGAAUUGUGUGACCUGUUCUUCUGUACCAGCUGUGGGCAUCACUAUCAUGGGGCCUGCCUGGACACUGCUCUGACUGCCCGCAAGCGUGCUGGCUGGCAGUGCCCUGAGUGCAAAGUGUGCCAAGCUUGCAGGAAACCUGGGAAUGACUCUAAGAUGUUGGUCUGUGAGACGUGUGACAAAGGAUACCAUACCUUCUGCCUGAAACCACCUAUGGAGGAACUGCCUGCUCACUCUUGGAAGUGCAAGGCAUGCCGGGUAUGCCGGGCCUGUGGGGCAGGCUCAGCAGAGCUGAACCCCAACUCUGAGUGGUUUGAGAACUACUCGCUCUGUCACCGCUGUCACAAAGCCCAGGGAGGACAGCCUGUCAGUUCUGUUGCUGAGCAGCACCCCCCGGUCUGUGGCAGAUUCUCAUCCCCAGAGCCUGGCGAUACCCCCACUGAUGAGCCCGAUGCUCUGUACGUUGCAUGCCAAGGGCAGCCAAAGGGUGGGCACGUGACCUCUAUGCAACCCAAGGAACCGGGGCCCCUGCAAUGUGAAGCCAAGCCACUAGGUAGAGAAGGGGCCCAACUUGAGCCCCAGUUGGAGGCCUCCCUAAAUGAGGAGAUGCCACUGCUGCCCCCACCUGAGGAGUCGCCCCUGUCCCCACCGCCUGAGGAAUCGCCCACAUCCCCGCCGCCUGAGGCAUCGCGCCUGUCCCCACCGCCUGAGGACUCACCCCUCUCUCCACCGCCUGAGGAGUCUCCUCUGUCUCCCCCACCUGAGGCAUCACCUUUUUCUCCACUGGAGGAGUCACCCUUCUCUCCCCCAGAGGAGUCCCCCCCAUCUCCCCCGCUUGAGACACCCUUAUCCCCACCGCCUGAAGCAUCACCUCUGUCACCGCCAUUUGAGGAGUCUCCCCUGUCCCCCCCACCGGAGGAAUUACCUACCUCCCCACCACCCGAAGCAUCGCGCCUGUUCCCACCGCCUGAGGAGUCACCCAUGUCCCCUCCACCUGAAGAGUCACCCAUGUCUCCACCACCUGAGGCAUCUUGUCUGUUCCCACCAUUUGAAGAAUCGCCCCUGUCCCCUCCACCAGAGGAGUCUCCUCUCUCCCCACCACCUGAGGCGUCACGCCUGUCCCCACCGCCUGAGGACUCACCCAUGUCCCCGCCACCUGAAGACUCGCCCAUGUCCCCCCCACCUGAGGUAUCACGCCUGUCUCCCCUGCCUGAGGUGUCACGCCUGUCCCCACCACCUGAGGAAUCUCCCCUGUCCCCACCACCUGAGGAGUCUCCCACAUCCCCGCCACCUGAGGCUUCACGCCUGUCCCCACCGCCUGAGGACUCACCCGCGUCCCCGCCACCUGAAGACUCACCUGCUUCCCCGCCACCGGAGGACUUGCUUAUGUCCCUACCCCUGGAGGAGUCACCCCUGUCGCCACUGCCUGAGGAACUGCGACCCUGCCCCCGGCCCGAGGAGCCAUAUCUGUCCCCUGCGCCCCAGGAGCCACGCCUGUCCCCUGCGCCCCAGGAGCCUCGUUUGUCCCCUGUGCCCGAGGAGCCUCGUUUGUCUCCUGCGCUCGAGGAGCCUCGCUUGUCUCCUGCGCCCCAGGAGCUGAGCCUGUCCCCUGCGCCCCAGGAGCCGCGCCCGUCCCCUGUGUCCGAGGAGCCUCGUCUGUCCCCUGCGCCCCAGGAGCCGCGCCCGUCCCCUGCACCUGAGGAGCUGCAUCUGUCCUCCCAGCCUGAGGAGCCGCGCCUGUCCCCCACGGCCGAGGAGCCGCAGUUGUCCCCAGUGCCCGAGGAGCCGCGCCUGUCCCCUCGCCCUGAAGAGCACCCUGAGGAGCCAGGCCUGUGCCCUGCACCUGAGGAACUGCCCUCAUUCCUCCCACCUGGGGAGCCACCCUUAUCCCCUUUGCUUGGAGAGCCGGCCCUGUCUGAGCCUGGGGAGCCACCUCUGUCCCCUCUGCCGGAGGAGCUGCCGUUGUCCCCAUCUGGGGAGCCAUCUUUGUCACCUCAGCUGAUGCCACCAGAUCCUCUUCCUCCUCCGCUCUCACCCAUUAUCACAGCUGUGGCCCCGCCGGCCCUGUCUCCUUUGGGAGAGUUAGAGUACCCCUUUGGUGCCAAAGGGGACAGUGACCCUGAGUCGCCAUUGGCUGCCCCCAUCCUAGAGACACCUAUCAGCCCUCCACCAGAAGCUAACUGCACUGACCCUGAGCCUGUACCCCCUAUGAUCCUUCCCCCAUCUCCAGGCUCCCCGGUAGGACCGGCCUCUCCCAUGCUGAUGGAGCCCCUUCCCCCUCGUUCCCCACUCCUCCAGCAUUCCCUGCCUCCCCCAAACUCCCCUCCUUCCCAUUGCUCUCCCCCUGCUCUGCCACUGUCUAUUCCUUCCCCACUGAGUCCCAUGCAGAAGGCAGUGCAGGUCUCAGAUGAGGCUGAGCCACAUGAGAUGGAGACUGAGAAAGCCCCAGAACCUGAGUGCCCAGCCUUGGAACCCAGCCCUACUAGUCCUCUCCCCUCUCCCAUGGGGAACCUUUCCUGCCCUGCACCCAGCCCUGCCCCAGCCCUGGAUGACUUCUCUGGCCUGGGGGAAGAUACAGCCCCUCUGGAUGGGACUGACACUCCUGGAUCACAGCCAGAGGCCGGACAGACCCCUGGCAGUUUGGCUAGUGAACUUAAGGGUUCCCCUGUGCUCCUGGACCCCGAGGAGCUGGCCCCUGUGACCCCUAUGGAGGUCUAUGGCCCAGAAUGCAAGCAGGCAGAGCAGGGCUCACCCUGUGAAGAGCAAGAGGAGCCACGUGCACCAGUGGCUCCUACCCCACCUACUCUCAUCAAAUCUGACAUCGUUAAUGAGAUCUCCAAUCUGAGCCAGGGCGAUGCCAGUACCAGUUUUCCUGGCUCAGAGCCCCUGCUGGGCUCUCCCGACCCUGAGGGGGGUGGCUCCUUGUCCAUGGAGCUGGGGGUAUCUACAGACGUUAGUCCAGCCCGAGAUGAGGGCUCCCUGCGGCUUUGUACGGAUUCGCUGCCAGAGACAGAUGACUCGCUGUUGUGUGAUGCUGGGACAGCUAUCGGAGGAGGCAAAGCAGAAGGGGACAAGGGGAGGCGGCGCAGCUCCCCGGCUCGUUCCCGCAUCAAACAGGGUCGCAGCAGUAGUUUCCCAGGAAGACGCCGGCCACGCGGAGGAGCACAUGGAGGACGUGGCAGAGGACGGGCCCGGCUAAAAUCAACUACUUCUUCCAUUGAGACUCUGGUAGUUGCUGAUAUCGAUAGCUCUCCCAGCAAGGAGGAAGAAGAAGAUGAUGAUGACACCAUGCAAAAUACUGUGGUUCUCUUCUCCAACACAGACAAGUUUGUCCUAAUGCAGGACAUGUGUGUGGUAUGUGGCAGCUUUGGCCGGGGGGCAGAGGGCCACCUCCUUGCCUGUUCCCAGUGCUCUCAGUGCUAUCACCCUUACUGUGUCAACAGCAAGAUCACCAAGGUGAUGCUGCUGAAGGGCUGGCGUUGCGUGGAGUGCAUCGUGUGUGAGGUAUGCGGCCAGGCCUCAGACCCCUCCCGCCUGCUGCUCUGUGAUGACUGUGACAUUAGCUACCACACGUACUGCCUGGACCCACCACUGCUCACCGUGCCCAAGGGUGGCUGGAAGUGCAAGUGGUGUGUGUCCUGUAUGCAGUGUGGGGCCGCCUCCCCUGGCUUCCACUGUGAAUGGCAGAAUAGUUACACGCACUGCGGGCCCUGCGCCAGCCUGGUGACCUGCCCGAUCUGUCACGCCCCGUAUGUGGAAGAGGACCUCCUGAUCCAGUGCCGUCACUGUGAACGGUGGAUGCAUGCUGGUUGCGAGAGCCUCUUCACAGAGGAUGACGUGGAGCAGGCAGCUGAUGAGGGCUUUGACUGUGUCUCCUGCCAGCCUUACGUGGUAAAGCCUGCUGUGCCUGUUGCGCCUCCAGAGUUGGUGCCUAUGAAGGUGAAAGAGCCGGAGCCCCAGUACUUCCGCUUCGAGGGUGUGUGGCUGACAGAAACUGGCAUGGCUGUGCUGCGUAACCUGACCAUGUCGCCCCUGCACAAGCGGCGCCAGCGGCGAGGACGACUUGGCCUCCCAGGCGAGGCAGGGCUGGAGGGUUCUGAGCCUUCAGAUGCCCUUGGCCCUGAUGACAAGAAGGAUGGAGACCUGGACACUGAUGAGCUGCUCAAGGGUGAAGGUGGUGUGGAGCACAUGGAAUGCGAAAUUAAACUAGAGGGCCCUGUCAGCCCUGAUGGAGAGCCUGGCAAAGAGGAGACUGAGGAAAGCAAAAAACGCAAACGCAAACCCUAUCGGCCUGGCAUCGGUGGUUUCAUGGUGCGACAGCGGAAAUCCCACACACGUGUGAAAAAGGGGCCUGCUGCACAGGCGGAGGUGUUGAGUGGGGAUGGGCAGCCCGACGAGGGUGAGACGGUGUUGCCUGCCGACCUGCCUGCAGAGGGCUCUGUGGACCAGAGCUUAGCUGAUGGGGAUGAGAAGAAGAAGCAGCAGCGGCGAGGGCGCAAGAAGAGCAAACUAGAGGACAUGUUCCCUGCUUAUCUGCAGGAAGCCUUCUUUGGGAAGGAGCUGCUGGACCUGAGCCGGAAGGCCCUUUUUGCAGUUGGGGUGGGCCGGCCAAGCUUUGGACUAGGAACCCCAAAAGCCAAGGGGGAUGGAGGCUCAGAUAGGAAGGAGCUCCCGACCUCACAGAAAGGAGAUGAUGGUCCGGAUGUUGGAGAUGAAGAAUCCCGUGGUCCUGAGGGCAAGGCUGAUACAUCAGGACCUGAGGAUGGCGGCGUAAAGGCAUCCCCAGUGCCUAGUGACCCUGAGAAGCCAGGCACCCCGGGUGAAGGGAUGCUUAGCUCUGACUUAGACAGGAUUCCCACAGAAGUCUUCCUCAGCAGCAUCCUUCAUCGAUCCCUCACAGAACUGCCCAAGAUGGAGUCCAAGGACCUGCAGCAGCUUUUCAAGGAUGUUCUGGGUUCUGAACGAGAGCAACAUCUGGGUUGUGGAACCCCUGGCCUCGACGGCAGCCGUACACCGCUACAGAGGCCCUUUCUUCAAGGUGGACUCCCUUUGGGCAGUCUCCCCUCCAGCAGCCCAAUGGACUCCUAUCCGGGCCUUUGCCAGUCCCCAUUCCUGGAUUCUAGGGAGCGCGGGGGCUUCUUUAGCCCGGAGCCCGGUGAGCCAGACAGCCCCUGGACAGGCUCGGGGGGCACCACGCCCUCCACCCCGACCACGCCCACCACAGAGGGUGAGGGCGACGGACUCUCCUACAACCAGCGGAGUCUUCAGCGCUGGGAGAAGGACGAGGAGUUGGGCCAGCUCUCUACCAUCUCACCUGUGCUCUAUGCCAACAUUAACUUUCCCAAUCUCAAGCAAGAUUACCCAGACUGGUCUAGCCGCUGCAAACAAAUCAUGAAGCUCUGGAGAAAAGUUCCAGCUGCUGAUAAAGCCCCCUACCUGCAAAAGGCCAAAGAUAACCGGGCAGCUCACCGCAUCAGCAAGGUGCAAAAGCAGGCUGAGAGCCAGAUCAACAAGCAGACCAAGGUGGGCGACAUGGCCCGUAAGACUGACCGACCGGCCCUACAUCUCCGCAUUCCCCCCCAGCCAGGGGCACUGGGCAGCCCGCCUCCUGCUGCUGCCCCCACCAUUUUCAUUGGCAGCCCCACUCCCCCCGCCGGCUUGUCUACCUCUGCGGAUGGGUUCCUGAAGCCGCCGGCGGGCACGGUGCCCGGCCCCGACUCGCCCGGUGAGCUCUUCCUCAAGCUCCCACCCCAGGUGCCCGCCCAAGUGCCUUCGCAGGACCCCUUUGGACUGGCCCCCGCCUACGCUCUGGAGCCCCGCUUCCCCACGGCACCACCCACCUAUCCUCCCUAUCCUAGUCCGACCGGGGCCCCCGCGCAGCCCGCGACGCUGGGCGCCUCAUCUCGUCCUGGGACCGGCCAGCCAGGGGAGUUCCACACCACCCCACCUGGCACCCCCCGACACCAGCCCUCCACACCUGACCCCUUCCUCAAACCCCGCUGCCCCUCACUGGACAACCUGGCUGUGCCUGAGAGCCCAGGGGUAGGGGGAGGCAAGGCUUCUGAGCCUCUGCUGUCGCCCCUGCCUUUCGGGGAGUCUCGGAAGGCCCUAGAGGUGAAGAAGGAAGAGCUUGGGGCAUCCUCUCCCAGCUAUGGGCCCCCAAACCUGGGCUUUGUUGACUCACCCUCCUCAGGCCCCCAUCUGGGUGGCCUGGAGUUAAAGGCACCCGACGUCUUCAAAGCCCCCCUGACCCCUCGGGCAUCUCAGGUAGAGCCCCAGAGCCCAGGCUUGGGCCUAAGGCCCCAGGAGCCGCCUCCUGCCCAGGCUUUGGCCCCUUCUCCUCCCAGCCACUCGGACAUCUUUCGCCCUGGCCCCUACCCUGACCCCUAUGCCCAACCCCCGUUGACCCCUCGGCCCCCGCCCCCGCCCCCUGAGAGCUGCUGUGCCCUGCCUCCUCGCUCGCUGCCCUCUGACCCUUUCUCCCGAGUGCCCGCCAGUCCCCAGUCCCAGUCCAGCUCCCAGUCCCCGCUGACACCCCGUCCUCUGUCUGCUGAGGCUUUCUGCCCGUCCCCUGUUACCCCUCGCUUCCAGUCCCCUGACCCUUAUUCCCGCCCACCGUCACGCCCUCAGUCCCGGGACCCGUUUGCCCCACUGCAUAAGCCACCCCGCCCCCAGCCCCCUGAAGUUGCCUUCAAGGCUGGGCCUCUAGCCCACACUCCAUUGGGGGCCGGGGGUUUCCCAGCAGCCCUGCCCUCAGGGCCGGCAGGUGAGCUCCAUGCCAAGGUCCCAAGUGUGCAGCCCCCCAAUUUUGCCCGGUCCCCUGGGACUGGUGCAUUUGUAGGCACCCCUUCUCCCAUGCGUUUCACUUUCCCUCAGGCAGUAGGGGAGGCUUCGCUAAAGCCCCCUGUCCCUCAGCCUGGUCUCCCUCCACCCCAUGGGAUCAACAGCCAUUUUGGGCCCGGCCCUACCUUGGGCAAGCCUCAAAGCACAAACUACACAGUAGCCACAGGGAACUUCCACCCAUCGGGCAGCCCUCUGGGACCCAGCAGUGGGUCCACAGGAGAGGGCUAUGGGCUGUCCCCACUACGCCCCCCAUCAGUCCUUCCACCACCUGCACCCGAUGGAUCCCUCCCCUACCUGUCCCAUGGAGCCUCACAGCGGGCAGGCAUCACCUCUCCAGUUGAGAAGCGAGAAGACCCAGGGGCUGGGAUGGGCAGCUCUUUGGCGGCACCUGAACUUCCAGGUACCCAGGACCCAGGCAUGUCCAGCCUCAGUCAGACAGAGCUGGAGAAGCAACGACAGCGCCAGCGACUACGGGAGCUGCUGAUUCGGCAGCAGAUCCAGCGCAACACCCUUCGGCAGGAGAAGGAAACUGCGGCAGCUGCCGGAGCAGUGGGGCCCCCGGGCAGCUGGGGUGCUGAGCCUAGUAGCCCUGCCUUUGAGCAGCUGGGUCGAGGCCAGACCCCCUUUGCUGGCACCCAGGACAAGAGCAGCCUUGUGGGGCUGCCCCCAAGCAAGCUGGGUGGCCCCAUCCUGGGGCCGGGGGCUUUCCCCAGUGAUGACCGACUCUCCCGGCCACCUCCACCAGCCACCCCUUCCUCUAUGGAUGUGAACAGCCGGCAAUUGGUGGGAGGCUCCCAAGCCUUCUAUCAGCGAGCACCAUAUCCUGGGUCCCUGCCCUUGCAGCAGCAGCAGCAGCAGCAACUGUGGCAGCAGCAGCAGCAGCAGCAACAGGCAACAGCAGCAACUUCCAUGCGACUUGCCAUGUCGACACGCUUUCCGUCAACUCCUGGGCCUGAACUUGGCCGCCAAGCCAUAGGUUCCCCCUUGGCGGGAAUUCCCACCCGCCUGCCUGGCCCUGGUGAGCCAGUGCCUGGUCCAGCUGGUCCUGCCCAGUUCAUUGAGUUGCGGCACAAUGUACAGAAAGGACUGGGACCGGGGGUGCCUCCGUUUCCUGGUCAGGGCCCCCCUCAGAGGCCCCGUUUUUUCCCUGUAACUGAGGAUUCUCACCGACUGGCCCCUGAAGGGCUUCGUGGCCUAGCAGUGUCAGGCCUUCCUCCCCAGAAACCCUCAGCCCCGCCGGCCCCUGAACUGAACAACGGCCUCCAUCCAACGCCCCAUACCAAGGGUCCCAACGCCCCCGCUGGCUUGGAGCUAGUCAGCCGGCCCCCCUCAGGCACUGAGCUUGGCCGCCCUCCUCUGGCCCUGGAAGCUGGGAAGUUACCCUGUGAGGAUCCUGAGUUGGACGAUGACUUUGAUGCCCACAAGGCCCUGGAGGAUGAUGAGGAGCUUGCUCACCUGGGCCUGGGUGUGGAUGUGGCCAAGGGAGAUGAUGAGCUGGGCACCCUGGAAAACCUGGAGACCAAUGAUCCCCACCUGGACGACCUGCUCAACGGGGAUGAGUUUGACCUGCUGGCCUAUACUGACCCUGAGCUGGACACCGGGGACAAGAAGGACAUCUUCAAUGAGCAUCUGAGGCUGGUGGAGUCGGCCAAUGAAAAGGCUGAGCGGGAGGCUCUGUUGCGGGGGGUGGAGCCAGGACCCUUGGGCCCUGAGGAGCGCCCUCCCCCCGCUGCUGAUGCCUCUGAGCCCCGUCUGGCAUCCGUGCUCCCCGAAGUGAAGCCCAAGUUGGAGGAGGGUGGGCGCCACCCUUCCCCUUGCCAGUUUACCAUUACCACCCCCAAGGUAGAGCCAGCUCCAGCCACCACUUCCCUAGGCCUGGGGCUGAAGCCAGGACAGAGUGUGGUGGGCAGCCGGGACACUCGAAUGGGCCCAGGACCUUUUUCCAGUAGUGGGCACCCAGCUGAGAAGGUCCCCUUUGGGACCACAGGAGGACCGCCAGCUCACCUGCUGACCCCCAGCCCACUGAGUGGCCCAGGAGGGUCCUCCCUGCUGGAAAAGUUUGAGCUAGAGAGUGGGGCCAUGACCUUGCCCGGUGGGCAUGCAUCUGGGGAUGAGCUGGACAAGAUGGAGAGCUCACUGGUAGCCAGUGAGUUGCCCCUGCUCAUCGAGGACCUGUUGGAACAUGAGAAGAAGGAGCUGCAGAAGAAACAGCAGCUCUCAGCACAGCUGCAGCCUGCCCAGCAGCAGCAGCAACAGCAGCAUUCCCUGCUGUCCACCCCAGGCCCUGCCCAGCCUGUGUCUUUGCCACAUGAGGGCUCUUCUCCCAGUUUGGCUGGCGCCCAGCAGCAGCUUGCCCUGGGACUUGGAGGUUCCCGACAGCCAGGCUUGGCCCAGCCACUGAUGCCCACCCAGCCACCAGCUCAUACCCUCCAGCAGCGCCUGGCCCCAUCCAUGACCAUGGUGUCCAACCAAGGGCAUAUGCUAAGUGGGCAGCAUGGGGGACAGGCAGGCUUGGUGCCCCAGCAGAGCCCGCAGCCAGUGCUGGCACAGAAGCCCAUGGGUACCAUGCCACCUUCCAUGUGCAUGAAACCGCAGCAGCUGGCAAUGCAGCAGCAGCUGGCUAACAGCUUCUUCCCGGAUACAGACCUGGACAAAUUUGCUGCAGAAGAUAUCAUUGAUCCUAUUGCAAAGGCCAAGAUGGUUGCUUUGAAAGGCAUCAAGAAGGUGAUGGCUCAGGGCAGCAUUGGAGUGGCACCUGGUAUGAACAGGCAGCAAGUGUCCCUGCUAGCCCAGAGACUCUCAGGGGGGCCCGGCAGUGAUCUGCAGAACCACGUGGCAGCUGGGAGUGGCCAGGAGCGGAGUGCCGGUGACCCCUCCCAGCCUCGUCCCAAUCCACCCACUUUUGCCCAGGGAGUGAUCAAUGAGGCUGACCAGCGGCAGUAUGAGGAGUGGCUAUUCCAUACCCAGCAGCUCCUACAGAUGCAACUGAAGGUGCUAGAGGAGCAGAUUGGGGUGCACCGCAAGUCCCGGAAAGCUCUGUGCGCCAAGCAGCGCACUGCCAAAAAGGCUGGCCGUGAGUUCCCAGAGGCUGAUGCUGAGAAGCUCAAGCUGGUUACAGAACAACAGAGCAAGAUCCAGAAACAGCUGGAUCAGGUCCGGAAGCAGCAGAAGGAGCACACUAAUCUCAUGGCAGAAUAUCGGAAUAAGCAGCAGCAGCAGCAGCAGCAGCAGCAGCAGCAGCAGCAGCAGCAGCAGCACUCAGCUGUAUUGGCCCUCAGCCCUUCCCAGAGUCCCCGGCUACUCACCAAGCUUCCUGGUCAGCUGCUCCCCGGCCAUGGGCUGCAGCCACCGCAGGGGCCCCCCGGUGGGCAAGCUGCAGGUCUUCGCCUGCCCCCCGGGGGCAUGGCACUACCUGGACAGCCUGGUGGCCCCUUCCUCAACACCACCCUGGCCCAGCAGCAGCAACAGCAACAUUCUGGUGGGGCUGGCGCCCUGGCUGGCCCCUCAGGGGGCUUUUUCCCUGGCAACCUUGCUCUUCGAGGCCUAGGACCUGACUCGAGGCUUUUACAGGAGAGGCAGCUGCAGCUACAGCAGCAACGCCUGCAGCUUGCCCAGAAACUGCAACAGCAGCAGCAGCACCUCCUAGGACAGGUGGCAAUCCAGCAGCAACAGCAACAGGGCCCAGGGGUACCGGCAAACCAGGGUCUGGGUCCCAAGCCCCAAGGGCUUCUGCCUCCCAGCAGCCAUCAGGGCCUCUUGGUCCAGCAGCUGUCCCCCCAGCCACCCCAGGGGCCCCAGGGCAUGCUGGGCCCUGCCCAGGUGGCAGUGUUGCAGCAGCAGCAGCAGCAGCAACAGCACCCUGGAGCUCUGGGCCCCCAGGGCCCUCACAGACAGGUGAUCCUGACCCAGCCCCGGGUGCUAAGUUCCCCCCAGCUGGCACAGCAGGGUCAGGGCCUUAUGGGACACCGGCUGGUCACAUCCCAGCAGCAGCAGCAGCAGCAGCAGCAGCAACAGCACCAACAGCAGGGAUCCAUGGCAGGGCUUUCCCAUCUUCAGCAGGGUCUGAUGCCACACAGUGGGCAGCCCAAACUGAGUGCUCAGCCCAUGGCCUCCUUGCAGCAGCAACAGCUGCAGCAGCAGCAGCUACAACAGCAGCAGCAGCUACAACAACAGCAGCAGCAGCUACAACAGCAGCAGCAGCAGCAGCUACAACAGCAGCAGCAGCAGCAGCUACAACAGCAGCAGCAGCAGCAGCUACAACAGCAGCAGCAGCAGCAGCAGCAGCUACAACAGCAGCAGCAGCAGCAGCAGCUACAACAGCAGCAGCAGCAGCAGCAGCAGCUACAACAGCAGCAGCAGCAGAUGGGCCUCUUGAGCCAGAGUCGAACUUUACUGUCUCCUCAACAGCAGCAGCAGCAGCAGCAGCAGCAGCAACAGCAGCAGCAGCAGCAGCAACAGCAGCAGCAGCAGCAACAGCAGCAGCAGCAAGUGACACUCGGCCCUGGCAUGCCAGCCAAGCCUCUGCAACACUUUUCUAGCCCCGGAGCCCUGGGCCCAACCCUCAUCCUAACGGGCAAGGAACAAAACAUUGUAGAGGCGGCUCUUCCUCCAGAGGCCACUGAGGGGCCCUCCACGCAUCAGGGAGGGCCGUUAGCAGUAGGGACUGUACCAGAGUCAGUGGCCACUGAACCAGGGGAGGUAAAGCCCUCACUCUCCGGGGACUCACAACUCCUCCUUGUCCAACCCCAGGCCCAGGCUCAGCCUAGCUCUGUGCAGCUGCAGCCACCUCUGAGACUCCCAGGACAACAGCAGCAGCAAGUUAACUUGCUCCACACAGCGGGUGUGGGAAGCCAUGGGCAACCAGGCAGUGGAUCAUCUUCUGAGGCCUCAUCUAUGCCCCACAUGCUGGCCCAAUCCUCUGUUUCCUUAGGGGAGCAGCCUGGACCCAUGACCCAGAACCUUCUGAGCUCCCAACAGCCCCCUGGACUAGAGCGGCCCAUGCAAAAUAAUGCAGGGCCACAGCCUGCCAAACCAGGAUCUGUCCCCCAGUCUGGGCAGAGCCUGCCUGGGGCUGGGGUCAUGCCUACAGUGGGUCAGCUUCGAGCACAGCUUCAAGGAGUCCUGGCCAAAAACCCACAGCUGCGGCACUUGAGUCCUCAGCAGCAGCAGCAGCUACAGGCACUCCUCAUGCAGCGGCAGCUACAGCAGAGUCAGGCAGUACGCCAGGCCCCACCCUACCAGGAGCCUGGGACCCAGCCCUCUCCCCUCCAGGGCCUCCUGGGCCGCCAGCCCCAACUUGGGGGCUUCCCUGGAUCCCAGACAGGCCCUCUUCAGGAGCUGGGGGCAGGGCUUCGACCUCAGGGCCCACCCCGGCUCCCCGCCCCACAAGGAGCCUUAUCCACAGGACCAGUCCUUGGCCCUGUCCUUCCCACACCUCCACCAUCCAGCCCCCAAGAGCCAAAGAGACCUUCCUCACAGUUACCUUCCCCCAGCUCCCAGCUUCCCUCUGAGGCCCAGCUCCCUACCACCCAACCAGGAACCCCAAAACCCCAGGGGCCACCCUUGGAGCUGCCUCCUGGGAGGGUCUCACCUGCUGCUGCCCAGCUUGCAGAUACCUUCUUUGGCAAGGGGCUGGGACCUUGGGACCCCCCAGACAACCUAGCGGAAGCCCAGAAACCGGACCAAAGCAGCCUGGUACCUGGGCAUCUGGAGCAGGUGAAUGGGCAGGUGGUACCCGAGCCACCCCAUCUCAGCAUCAAGCAGGAGCCUCGGGAAGAGUCAUGUGCCCUGGGAGCCCAGGCAGUGAAGAGGGAGGCCAACGGGGAGCCAAUAGGGGCACCAGGUACCAGCAACCACCUCCUGCUGGCAGGCCCUCGCUCAGAGGCCGGGCAUCUGCUCUUGCAGAAGCUUCUACGAGCAAAGAAUGUGCAACUCAGCACUGGGCGGGGGCCCGAGGGGCUGCGAGCUGAGAUCAACGGGCACAUUGACAGCAAGCUGGCUGGGCUGGAGCAGAAACUACAGGGUACCCCCAGCAACAAGGAGGAUACAGCAGCAAGGAAGCCUUUGACACCGAAGCCCAAGAGGGUACAGAAGGCAAGCGACAGGUUGGUGAGCUCCCGAAAGAAGCUGCGGAAGGAGGACGGGGUCAGGGCCAGCGAGGCCUUGCUGAAACAGCUGAAACAGGAGCUGUCCCUGCUGCCCCUCACGGAGCCUACCAUCACCGCCAAUUUUAGCCUCUUUGCUCCCUUUGGCAGCGGCUGCCCAAUCAAUGGGCAGUGCCAGCUGAGGGGGGCCUUUGGAAGUGGGGCGCUGCCCACGGGCCCUGACUACUAUUCCCAGCUGCUUACCAAGAAUAACCUGAGUAACCCGCCGACACCACCCUCGUCGCUGCCCCCCACCCCACCCCCAUCGGUGCAGCAGAAGAUGGUGAAUGGCGUCACUCCAUCUGAAGAGCUGGGGGAGCACCCCAAGGAUGCCACCUCUGCCCGGGAUGCUGAAGGGACGCUGAGGGAUGCUUCAGAGGUGAAGAGUCUAGACCUGCUGGCCGCCUUGCCUACGCCCCCUCACAAUCAGACUGAGGAUGUCAGGAUGGAGAGUGACGAGGACAGUGAUUCUCCUGACAGCAUUGUGCCAGCUUCGUCCCCCGAGAGCAUCCUGGGGGAGGAAGCCCCUCGUUUCCCUCAGCUGGGCUCAGGCCGGUGGGAGCAGGACGACCGGGCUCUCUCCCCCGUCAUCCCCAUCAUUCCUCGGGCCAGCAUCCCAGUCUUCCCAGAUAGCAAACCUUAUGGGGCCCUGGAUCUGGAGGUCCCUGGGAAGCUGCCUGCCACAACUUGGGAAAAGGGCAAAGGAAGCGAGGUGUCAGUCAUGCUGACAGUUUCUGCCGCUGCUGCCAAGAACCUGAAUGGUGUGAUGGUGGCAGUGGCAGAGCUACUAAGCAUGAAGAUCCCCAACUCCUAUGAGGUGCUGUUCCCAGAGAGCCCUGCCCGGGCAGGCAUUGAGCCUAAGAAGGGGGAAGCUGAGGGCCCUGGUGGCAAAGAAAAGGGUUUGGGAGGCAAGAGCCCAGAAGCUGGCCCUGAUUGGCUGAAGCAGUUUGAUGCUGUGUUGCCAGGCUAUACCCUCAAGAGCCAGUUAGACAUCUUGAGUCUCCUCAAACAGGAGAGCCCCGCCCCAGAGCCACCCAUCCAGCACGGCUACACCUACAACGUCUCCAACCUGGACGUGCGGCAGCUCUCGGCCCCGCCUCCUGAAGCACCCUCCCCACCCCCUUCCCCUUUGGCACCCUCUCCUGCCAGCCCCCCUGCUGAACCCUUGGCUGAACUUCCAGCUGAACCCUCAGCUGAGCCACCAGUCCCCUCGCCUCUGCUACUUGCCUCGUCCCCUGAAUCAGCCCGGCCCAAGCCCCGAGCCCGGCCUUCUGAAGAAGGCGAAGAUUCCCGGCCCCCUCGCCUCAAGAAGUGGAAGGGGGUGCGCUGGAAGCGUCUCCGGCUGCUGCUGACCAUCCAGAAGGGUGGUGUGCGGCAGGAGGAUGAGCGGGAAGUGGCAGAGUUUAUGGAGCAGCUUGGCACAGCCCUGCGACCUGACAAGGUGCCUCGAGACAUGCGGCGCUGCUGCUUCUGUCAUGAGGAGGGGGAUGGGGCCACGGAUGGGCCCGCUCGCCUGCUGAACCUGGACCUGGACUUGUGGGUGCACCUCAACUGUGCCCUGUGGUCCACGGAGGUAUAUGAGACCCAGGGUGGGGCACUGAUGAACGUGGAGGUUGCCCUGCACCGAGGACUGCUCACCAAGUGCUCCCUGUGCCAGCGCACUGGUGCCACCAGCAGCUGCAAUCGCAUGCGUUGCCCCAACGUCUACCAUUUUGCCUGCGCCAUCCGCGCCAAGUGCAUGUUCUUCAAAGACAAGACCAUGCUGUGUCCGAUGCAUAAGAUCAAGGGGCCCUGCGAGCAGGAGCUGAGCUCUUUUGCUGUCUUCCGGCGAGUCUACAUUGAGCGAGAUGAGGUGAAGCAAAUCGCCAGCAUCAUCCAGCGGGGAGAGCGGCUGCACAUGUUCCGUGUGGGGGGCCUUGUGUUCCACGCCAUCGGACAGCUGCUCCCCCACCAGAUGGCCGACUUCCACAGUGCCACCGCCCUCUAUCCCGUGGGCUACGAGGCCACGCGCAUCUACUGGAGCCUCCGUACUAACAACCGCCGCUGCUGCUACCGCUGCUCCAUCGGCGAGAACAACGGGCGGCCGGAGUUUGUGAUCAAAGUCAUGGAACAGGGCCUGGAGGACCUGGUCUUCACUGACGCCUCUCCCCAGGCUGUGUGGAAUCGCAUCAUUGAGCCUGUGGCUGCCAUGAGAAAAGAGGCUGACAUGCUGCGGCUCUUCCCUGAGUACCUGAAAGGCGAGGAGCUCUUUGGGCUGACGGUGCACGCCGUGCUGCGCAUAGCUGAAUCACUGCCUGGAGUGGAAAGCUGUCAAAAUUAUUUAUUCCGCUAUGGACGCCACCCCCUGAUGGAGCUGCCACUCAUGAUCAACCCCACUGGUUGUGCUCGAUCAGAGCCUAAAAUCCUCACACACUACAAACGGCCCCACACUCUGAACAGCACCAGCAUGUCCAAGGCAUAUCAGAGCACCUUCACAGGCGAGACCAACACCCCGUACAGCAAGCAGUUUGUGCACUCGAAGUCAUCUCAGUACCGGCGGCUCCGCACUGAGUGGAAGAACAAUGUGUAUCUGGCUCGCUCCCGUAUCCAGGGCCUGGGGCUCUAUGCAGCCAAGGACCUAGAAAAGCACACAAUGGUCAUUGAGUACAUUGGCACCAUCAUUCGCAAUGAGGUGGCCAACCGGCGGGAGAAAAUCUAUGAGGAGCAGAAUCGAGGCAUCUACAUGUUUCGAAUAAACAACGAACAUGUCAUUGAUGCUACGUUGACCGGAGGCCCUGCCAGGUACAUUAACCAUUCCUGUGCCCCUAACUGUGUGGCGGAAGUUGUGACAUUUGACAAGGAGGACAAAAUCAUCAUCAUCUCCAGCCGGCGAAUCCCCAAAGGAGAGGAGCUGACAUACGACUAUCAGUUUGAUUUUGAGGACGAUCAGCACAAGAUCCCCUGCCACUGUGGAGCCUGGAAUUGUCGGAAAUGGAUGAACUAAGAAGCUUUGAGGCUACCAGGCAGGGGAGUCCCCCACCCCAACCUCUUCCCUGAAAGGGAUGAGGGGGAAGAGAGGUAGCAGCCAGAGCCAGGACCCAGGGCUGGGGCUGCCGGCUGACCGGAGCCCCUGGAGCAGGAGGCUGGGGCAGAGGGCCCUAGGCCAAGCCCACCCUGGGCACCAGGGAUGACCCUCUUCCCCGCCACUGGCCCCCAGGCUGGCAUCUCUGCCCCCAGCUCCAGGAGGGGUCAGACAGAAGCAGCCAUUGGGCAUCUCAGGUUUGAGGGGGAUAUGGGCUGGGAACUACCCAGAAGCAUCUGGGAGGCAGCAGGGAGGGGGGAGGAGGAUGUGUGGCCGGGCCUCACAGCCCUGCUGCUCCCACCGACCUCUCUGGCCCAACUCGAGGCUGCAAAGAGACUUGACUAAGCUUGACAAUCCCAAAGGCCGGGUCCCACACCUGGCCCUGCCUGCCGGGUCCUGCCCCCACCCUCACCCCCAUCCCCUUCCCUCUCAAUCUGUCUCUGUCUCCCUCUUCUCCUCUGUGUUUCUGUCUCUCUAUGGGUUGUGUUUCCUUGUUUUCCACUCUGACAAAUGCAACAUGAACGGGAAAGAGGCGCCCCGCUGCCCAGGAGGGCAAGCCAGGCAAGCCGGGCAAGGAGACCCCGCACCCACACCUACCUCAUUUAAGUGUUGGAUUUUUUGCUGUUUUGAAAUGUGAGACCCUCUCCAAGCCCCCUACUGCCCCAACCCUCUCCCCCACCUCACUGCCCUCUUCUGAGUGGGUGGAAGGGGGGUAGGAGGAAGAAGAAAAAACAACCAACAAAAAAUCCAUCUUUGUUUUUAAUUACGGGCAUGGGAUGGUGGUUGAGGCUAAUGAUGAUGAAGAUUGGGGAUGACUGGCCCCUAGUUGCUCUAGGACUUCCUUCUCCAUCUGGACAUGGGGGCAGGAGGGGUGUGCUAAACUUAGGACCAGGAUAUCUCCCUCCGGUUUUCCCAACCCCAUCAUGAGCCCAUUUGCCCUCCAGCCCCUGCAUAGGGUGGGUGGGUGGUAGGGUGAGGGCUAUCCCUGAGUGGCAUGCCCAUACCCAGUGAGGCAGGGUGUGGCCCGGAGCUCCCACUUUCCCUCCAUCACCAAACUGCUGCUGGUCUGGUG